AAAUGGGUCGACACACGCGAAACGUGCACACUGCUUUGUUGUUGCCCAAGGAGGAAAGUCGCGCAGUGAAUUUUUUUCUGUACCAACAACAACAACAACUCUAUCAACUCUUCAACUACUACAACAACUACAACAGCGCGCCUACAAGAACAGCAAUAAUAAGCACACACAAAGAGAAAACCCCAUAGGACUUAAGAGAGGAAAGCACAGUGUGCGUGCACACAUGUAAAAAGAGAAAGAGAGCAACAGCAAUAUUAGUACAACACAAGAAAGUUGAACAGAGGCAGAAGAGAAGCAGCAGGAAAACAACAACAACGACAGCAGCAGGCCAGCUGAGAGCGCUGAGCGCCAAAACAAUUGAAAGUCGAGGAAGAGAUCGAUCGAAUCGAUCAUUGUUCUUAGCCUCAACUCAAUUCAACUGAAACUCCAAUUCACCUCAUCAUCCUUUUCCCUUAAAACCGAAACUCACCUUCGAUCGAGGGUGUAACUUUUGUUGAUUCGAAAAACACACACUCGCAACUCUCAGGAUAUGUACGGCAACAAUAAUCCGGGUAGUAACAAUAAUAACGGUGGUUAUCCCCCAUAUGGCUACAACAACAAGUCGAGCGGAGGGCGUGGAUUUGGCAUGUCCCAUUCUCUGCCAUCCGGAAUGGAUACAGAAUUUUCAUUUCCAAGUUCCUCGUCGCGUCGCGGUUACAAUGAUUUCCCCGGCUGCGGCGGCAGCGGCGGAAAUGGUGGGAGUGCCAACAAUCUGGGGGGCGGCAACAUGUGCCACCUGCCGCCGAUGGCCAGCAACAAUUCGCUGAAUAACCUCUGCGGACUGUCGCUGGGCAGCGGCGGUAGCGAUGAUCUCAUGAACGAUCCCCGGGCAAGCAACACCAACCUGAUUGUCAACUACUUGCCCCAGGACAUGACCGAUCGCGAGCUGUACGCCCUAUUCAGAGCCAUUGGACCCAUCAACACGUGCCGAAUCAUGCGAGACUAUAAGACUGGCUACAGUUUUGGUUAUGCUUUCGUGGACUUCACAUCGGAAAUGGACUCGCAGCGUGCGAUUAAAGUACUGAAUGGCAUCACAGUGCGCAACAAGCGGCUCAAGGUUUCCUACGCUCGUCCCGGCGGAGAAUCGAUCAAGGACACCAAUCUGUAUGUGACCAAUCUGCCGCGUACCAUAACCGACGAUCAGCUGGACACGAUCUUCGGCAAGUACGGUUCCAUUGUGCAGAAGAACAUCUUGCGUGACAAGCUCACAGGUCGUCCUCGUGGUGUGGCCUUUGUACGGUACAACAAGCGUGAGGAGGCCCAGGAGGCCAUAUCGGCGCUGAACAACGUAAUACCCGAGGGCGGAUCGCAGCCGCUGUCCGUCCGGUUGGCCGAGGAGCACGGCAAGGCGAAGGCUGCCCACUUUAUGUCGCAGAUGGGCGUGGCUGCGCCGAAUGUCCCACCGCCGCCACCACCACCGCCACCACAUAUGGCCGCUGGAUUCAACAACAUGGUGCACAGAGACGGAGCUAUGGAAAAAUUACGCUCAUUAUUCGAUGCUAUAUGCGAUGCUAUCUUUGGUCUCGAUAGCGAUAACUUUGCCGAUUUGCUUGACGGAUUGUACCGCAGGAAGUACCAUUAUCCUUACUUAUAAUUGACACCGCAACAGCAGCAGCAACUACUUCAACAUCAGCAGCAGGCGUUGGGCUUCACCAGUGGCUCCAAUAAUAGUAUUGGCAAUGGUAAUGGCAACGAGAACAACAUGCUACUUUACCACCAGCAAUACCAUCAACAACAAUCACAACAACAGCGCCUGGGCAAUGUUGCUGCUCACAAUAUAAGUCCGAAUGGAAGCAAUAAUAACAUUAACACGACGAACACCAAUAACAUUAACUUCAAUACAAUACGUCAGAAUGGAGUUGCUGCUCUUCACUAUCUGCAGGAGCAAUUGCAAUUGCAACAGCCGCAGGAUCAACAAUCACAGCAACAGCAGCCAUUGACUAUGCCAUCUUCGCCGCCGUUUCAACAACAAUCACGCCACUCACAGCACAAUGGCAGCAGUAGCAGUCUUGGCAAUCAGUUGCUUGCCAUAAGCAACAACAAUAGUUUCAAUAAUAAUUCCAAUCACUCCAAUAGUUUUACUGGCAAUUACACCAACGGUAGCGCUUUCACCAGUAACGGUGCCAUUAGCAGUAGCAACUUUACCAACAACCCCACAGGCAGUGGCAACUUCACCAACAACCCCACAAGCAGUGGGAACUUCACCAACAACCCCACAAGCAGUGGAAACUUCAACAAUAACCCCACAAGCAGUGGGCACUUCACCAACAAUCCCACAAGCAGUGGGCACUUUGCCAAUAAUUCGGCCGGCAGCAGCAACUUCACCAACCAUCUUUCUGGCAGCGGUAAUUACACCAACAGCAACGGAAACUUCACCAAUAAUGCAACUAGCAGCAGCAACUUUGCCAGCAAUGCAGCUAGCAGCAGCCAUUACAACAAGAACUGCAGCAGCAACGUCGUUGGAAACAGCAAUACGGACAGCUGCAGCAAACACACCAACAACACUAAUAAUCACCACACUUCGCCGCAGCACGACUUCAGUUUUAAUAUGUCGACGACUGAACAAGAACUGCAUCAGCAGACACUUAAGCUGCAACAGCUGCAUCUUAGCAACAACUUCAACAACACCACAGCAGCAUCAACAACAUCAGCGGCAGCAUCAACUUCCACAUCAACAACGGCAACGGCAUCAUCCACAAACUCCGCAAAUGUCGGAUUCUUAUGGCGUACAUAACCAGAGAGUUGAGAAGCGUAUGAUGAAGGCAAUCUUCAAAUUAUAAAUAAUAUAUAAAAGAAAUUUAUAUAUACAUAACUAUGAAUACCUUAUAUUGAUCAUCGUAGUAUCAGCAUCCAUCGAAACCAUAUACAACAACCCAAAUUUUUAUGUUCUCAAACCACAAGAAUUAAUUUACUAUUUUUUUUUUGUAUGUUCCUCACUUUAACCCUUAUGUUGUAGUUGGUUUUUUUUGUGCUUUUUUUUGCGAGGAAUCUUUUUUUUCUUUUUGUAACUAGCUCUAAGGCAAGACACGUAUAUGUAUACAAAUCAUAAAUAAUUAUAUAUAUAUAUAUAUACAUAGAAUGAGAAAUCGACGAAGAAGGAGAUCUUUUUUUGCUUAAACUUAGAGAAAAAAACCUAUGAGAAAUACAUUUUUUUGUCACAUAUUUAUAACGUAUAAUCAUAAAGAAAAACGUCAAAAUAUAUUAUACAAACACACACAUAUAUAUCUAUACUAUAAAACAUACUUAUAGGCGUGAUGACAUAAGCUCCGAUUGUUUUUUUUUUUCUCUGUCUGAAACUGAUUUUUUUGGCGCGAACUAUGCCGCAACAACGUACACGGCCAUCGUGUAUGUUUAUAGCUGAAGUUAAUCCAGAUAUAUGAAUACAUAUAAUUUUUUUUUCAUAAUUUAUAAAUCCAAUUUUUUUGUCUAUAUUAUACGUAACGAAAUGGCUAAAAUGACUGGACAUGCUCAAGUUUUCAGGCUGUUUAUUCAUACAUACAUAUUAAACGAAAACAAACAACUUAGCUAGAAGUACGCUUGAGUAGGAAAAGGAGAAGGAGAAAGAGAAUCAGACAAAAUUACAAUACAAACCCAAUUUUUUUCAUAGCUAUAAUGAAUAUGUUUUUUUUUUAAUACGUAUAAAUACUUUUUUUGAAAUCCAUUUUUUUUAUUAGUUUAUUUUACGAAACAACUUGAGCAUGUGACAGCAAGAAAAACAAAAAGUAACAUUCAAAAAGCGACUAACAAAGAAACGUGAUAAAUAGCCCGUCAAAACGAAAAUCAGAGGAAACCGAAUGGGAAAGAUGAAAGAAAGAAUAGAGACACAAUCGAAAGUAACAAAAAAAAAACACGUAAAAUCAAUGGAGUGACUUGGUUUGAUUGCUUAAACUUAACUUAAUUCGAAAAAACGCAUGGAUAACGUUUUAACUUUGUAUUUUAUUUUACGUUUAUGUUUUCUUUUAUUUGUUCGACACAGUUUUCGAAAUUCUCAAUUGGCCAGUCACUCCAUCUGCAGGCAACAAAUAUUUUUUCGGUGUAGGCACAUAAGUCAAUGAAAAAGAAACACAAUUUGUAAACUACAAACUAUGCGAUGAUCCUUUUUGCAAAAUUCUAUCAAUACUUUUAUUAAUUACUUAUAAACAAACAAAAAAUUUGUGGAAAAAUUUUAAUUUGUUAACAAAAAAAAAAAACGGAAAAAACACAGAAUUUCAAUUUUAUUUUAUUAUUUUACUACCAUGUCUCUGGCUUAAAACAAAUUUUACAAGAAACUAAGAAAAACCAUUAUUUAAGGCAACUUAAUAAACAUUUUCGACACAAACAACAUUACCCCUGAGUUUUCUUUUUAUUUAUACAUAUGCUUAAGCCUAUAAAAUCUCUGUUCCCGAGGAUUUUGUAUUCCCCCGAGUUAGUGUGACCUAUAAGUCAACGAAUUAAGAGUAAUAAACAAUGAUUAGAUUUAAGCGAAACAUGCAGAUGGAAAAGUUAAGAGGCAGACUCACAGUAAACACUUACAGCUUGGUUGUGCUGAUUACUAAAUGUAACGAUUCAAAAACAAAGCAAAAAUAAAUACAAAUAAAUCCGACAGUGCGUAUUAGCGAAUGCAAACAAUUAUACACAAAAUCGAAAGCGAAUAUUGAAUCACUAUGUAAGCGACAUUCAUUCUAAAGCCAGCCCCUCCAGUCGGGAAGGCGGCGUCGAACUCACUUAAAUCGAAUGCAAAUAGUCUCAACCACAGUAGCCUUAGUGCGUAAGCGGAUAUAUAGAUAACGAAUAUCGGAUAUAUCGGAUAUAUCGAAUUAAUCGGAAGCAGAACUCAUACAUGCAUAUGCAUGCACCUUAGCGUGCAUCGAUUAGCGUCGAUUGUCUCGUGUAAUUAGAUUAAGCCACGGCAAACCAAAAGUAAAUAUUAAUAUUCAUUUUUUUCUUGGAUAGCGAAAUGAGCGAAUACUUUUUUUUGUGACUAUUUUUUGAGCAUGUGACGAAAGGCAAAUCAUAAACGAACUUGAUUUUUUUUUUGAUGAAACAAGUUUUUUUUCCUCGUAAUUCUUUAGAGAAUUUUUUUCUUUACUCAUAAGGAGCCAAGCUAAUUUUGUUGUAAUACCGAGACCGAAAUGUAGGCGCAGCAACUGAAUAGAAUUUUUUUUUUGGUAAUUUUAAUAACUAACGUUGUAGAACAAGGUAACCUCACUGAAAACCUAAUCGCAAAUACAUUUAAAAUGUUGUUCAAUAAUAACUUAAAGCAUGAAACGUGUUAAGUAACGGAAUAUACAUUAUACAUUUUUUUAUAUCAAAGUAAAUGUGUCUAGAAGGUAAUAAUCUUUUUUAUAAAGAAACAACCAAAAUACCAGAAAUAUGCAUACAAUUUUUUUUCUAGCAUAAGACAAAGCGUUUUUUAUAUAAACAUAUAUUAUACAAGAAAAUCCAAAAAAAAAAGAAUACAAAACAAAAAAAAAACUAACAAACGACUUGAAAAGAACCUCAACCAAGCGGAGAUUAUGGAGACAGACCCCAGAUAUAGGUUCAGAUUCAGAUAGAUAUAUUCUUUUUCUGCUUCCGUUGAAGAAGUGAUCGAAGUUAGGCAGAUAUAGGCGCUUUAUCCUAUGAAACUUUUUGGUAUUAUUUCGUGGUUUCAAUUUCGACCAUCUAUCUGCUCUAUUUCCUCUUAGCCUUUAACCCAAACGUAGUGCCCCUUGUAGCGCUCAUCUUUCAUCUAAAAAAUAAGAUAAAAUAUUAACAAAAAAAAAACAAACAAAAAAUACAAAAAACGAGAAAAUAUAUACAAUUCAAAGAAUACAAAAAUGAGACAUACUUAGAUCUAAACAAAUGGCAACUACCAGAAGGAGGAGAUACGACCGCCCGCAGAGGUGAAGUCAUUUUUUUUUUGCAUAGUGAGGUUAACACUAGAUCGGAUGGCGAUGAUUGUAUUUGAAACGUGAACUGCCCUAUGAAAGAUUUUUUAAAUACCGAACACCAACUUAAGCGACAGAAGAAACAACAAAAAAAAAAUAUAUAUAAAUAAAGAAAACGAAAUAAAAUACAGAUUAGGUAAAGAAGAAAAUCGAGAAGAAGGAAUACUAUAAAAUGCCUACAAAUAAAUGCAUACCUAAAAGCAAUAUACAUACAUACAUUCAUACAUAGAACAAAAGUUUAGUGGAACAAAACAACAGUUUAAAUAGCAAGCAACAAACAAAGGGAAUAUAUUCGACAAAACAAUUAUAUUAACUAUACCGUAUACAAAACGUACAUACAUAAAUAUAUAUAUAUAUAUAUAUAUUAUAAAUAUUAAGCCCCGAGCGGAAAUUUUUUUGAAAUAACUAAAUAUUUAAAAGUAAUAAACGUAAUGUAACGUAAUAUACCGAUUAAACGACACACACACACACACACAGACAGACAAAAGACAGCCGACAGACUCGUAAAUGUUCGUAGUCCGUAAAACUACACGAGAAAAUGGGAAAACCAAUAUGAAAAACUUGAAUUUUAACUCGUUUAUACAACAACACAUAUAUACAUAUAUUAAACUAGCAGCUAAUUGUUGUACUUAAGAAUGUCACAUUACAAGAAGAGCAAAUAAACGAAAGAACAUUUAAAAUUCAAACAGAACGCAAAA